AUGAGCGACAACAAACUCCGUGUUGCUAUAAUUGGCGCAGGCAUCGGAGGGCUCGUCUUCGCGCUUUCGUUGCAUAAGUCAAAUGAAGACAUAAUUGUGGAUAUCUACGAGUCAAAUACUAAGCUAACCGAACAUGGUGCUGGCAUAGGCAUGUGGCCACGGCCUUGGACGAUCUUGGACGAUCUCGGGCUGGCAGAGGACCUGCAAGCUAUAUCCGUUUCUCAAGCCGACUUUACAUUCAGGAAGUGCGAUCAGGCUGAGGGCAUCGACUUUCCGAGUCCAAUCGGCAAGUAUGGUCCGGUGCAGACCUUUCAUAGGGCAGAAUUCCAAACCGUACUGAGCAAGCAUCUGCCGCUGUCUUACAACGUCCACUUCUCCAAGAGGCUGGUCUCCUACACAGGGUCUGACUCAGGCGACAUUGUCCUCUCAUUUCAGGACGGGUCCCUGGCGAUUUGCGAUGUCGUGGUGGGUUGUGACGGCGUUCGCUCAGCUGUUCGUGGCACCCUCUACCGCUCCUUAGCCGAGAAGGCUGAGCACAACGGAGAUCACGUGAAGGCGGUAGAAGCGUUGUCUCACGUAGAUGCGACGUACAGCGGAACUUCAGCUUAUCGUAGCCUGAUUCCGACCAACCUCCUGGUACACAAGCAUCCGGGACACGGAGCAGUCACGGGACCUCUCUGGUCUUUCGGAAAGGACAAGCAUGUCGUGGUCUUCCCCAUCUCGCAAGGCACGAUGAUCAACGUCGUAGUAUUCAUCUCUGAAAGAGAAUUGGAAGGCACUGUUUACAACGAUCCUUGGGUCGUUCCGACAGCAACGGAGGAAAUCAUCCGAAAGUUCGCCUUCUGGAACUCCGAAGUACGGAGUCUACUUGAAUGCUCGAAGAAUGCAUCGCUCUGGGCUAUAAAUACCGUCGUAGGUUUACCCACAUUCGUUGGGGAGCGUGUCGCUCUGCUCGGAGAUGCUGCCCAUGCAAUGACGCCUCAUCAAGGAUCUGGAGCUGGACAAGCGUUCGAAGACGGAUAUAUCCUUGCCUCACUCCUCGGACACCCCUCAGUCACGCGUGCAACGGUCCACCGCGCUCUUCAAGCUUAUGAUGCCAUACGUCGUCCAUUUGCGCAAGAGGUGCAGCGGCGCUCUCGAAGCACCGGAAUGCUGUGCGAUUUGAGCGGGCCAGAAUUCGAAGGCCUGACCGAAGAACAGAGCACAUCUGGAACCGCGGUAUCUUCCGAGGAGCUUAUCGAUAUUUCGAAGGCGGUGGACCGCAUGAUGGAUUGGAUGAAUGAGGGUUCAGUGAUGGAAGACCGUAACCGAGCUCUGCAGCUGUUGGUGUGUACAUAG